GUGUGUAAAGCGAAAUGUUACUCAGGUGCGCAGUUAUCGCAUUGGCAGCCCUGAUUGGGACAGUGCUUGGAGACCCGACAUACGUUCACCCUGAAGGGACGCCGUUAUUCGCGAAGUUCUCCGGCGAAGAUCCUAGGGGGCACGGAGUAAACGUCGAACAUUGCAAUGACGUCCAUGUAAUCCAUUUACAGGAUAUUGGCUAUCCUGGAGUUACCGUCGAGCAGAUGGUCGCACCAUACCAAUAUGCAAUGGCACCAUGGAGGAAAAACGACGAAAUGCUAGCAGGCACUCACCUUUUGCUAAAUAAAGACGGCGUGCCAAUGUUUGCCGCGUACUGGACAGAUUUCAGUUUGUACCGCAAGCCGUACGCCGCCGUUUUCACGUACUUGUACCAUCCUAAAUCGCUGGAUAAUGCGAAAGACUUUCGACUUAUUAGUAACGACGCGGGGAAAGGUGACAAGGAGGCUCAUCUUGCAGCGUUACAAAAGCGGACGGCAAAAUUGGCCGAAGGAACUGGAAGUUCCAAGGACACAGCGCAGGCGUCAUAAUGAAAUUUCUAGCGUAUGGCUUCUGUCGGUUUUGUUCUCGGCGAGUCCUGCAAAGGCUUUCUACUACAAUAUUAGCCGAAAUCCUUUACCACGAUGGCAGCGAUGACCUCCUCUGCACCGAGUUGCCAUCAGAGACCCAGCAAUCGUUUUUUUCGACGAGCUAUACCGACUAUUCUUAAAGAUCAUAGAAAUGAAUCAAACUAUUCCUAAUAA